AUGACCGGUCCGCGCCCCCCCACCUUUAAGCGGCGGGCUCCAGCAGGAAAAGCUGGAGGCCGGAAAAGAGUGAGACAGGUAGCGCGCAAAAGUAAAAGUGGAACCGAGAGUGGCUGUGAGACUGACUUCUGGGGGCCUCACUGCAGUAACCGGUGUCAGUGCAGGAACGGGGCCAAAUGUAACCCAAUCACCGGUGCCUGCGUGUGCACAGACGGGUACCAGGGCUGGCGCUGCGAGGAGCCCUGUGACCCUAGCUUCUACGGGAAGGACUGCCUACUGGAGUGUCAGUGCCUCAACGGCGCCACCUGUCACCACCAGACCGGAGAGUGCCUGUGUGCACCCGGAUACACGGGGGCCUUCUGCGAGGAGCCGUGUCCUCCGGGUAAACAUGGCUCUCUGUGUGAGAAGCGCUGUCCCUGUCAGAACGGAGGAACCUGUCAUCACGUCACCGGGGAGUGCUCCUGUCCUGCAGGCUGGGUGGGUCCGGUGUGUGCACAGCCGUGUUCCUUCGGAUCGUUCGGCAUUAACUGCUCUGAGGAGUGCACGUGUCGUAACGACGGCCUGUGUGACCAUAUCAGCGGUCAGUGUCAGUGCACCGCCGGGUACAUCGGAGAGAGGUGCCAGGAUGAAUGCCCGGUCGGGACGUACGGGCCGCAGUGUGCCCACAAGUGUGACUGUCAGAACGGGGCCAAGUGCUACCACAUCAACGGGGCCUGUUUGUGCAACGAGGGCUUCAAGGGCCCCAGCUGUCAGGACCGCUUCUGCCCCGCCGGCCUGUACGGACUCAUCUGUGACAGAUACUGCCCCUGCAAGACGGCAAACACACUCAGCUGCCACCCCCUGUCAGGUGAGUGCACCUGUGCAGCGGGGUGGGCGGGGCUUUACUGUAACGAGACCUGUCCGGCUGGUUACUACGGCGAGGGCUGCAGGGAGCCAUGUGCCUGCGCUAACGGAGCCGACUGUGACGGCAUCACUGGAGCCUGUGUGUGCGCUCCGGGGUACAUAGGAGACGACUGCUCCAUCAGCUGUCCUGCAGGUCUGUUCGGGACAAACUGCACCUCCUCCUGCUCCUGCCACAACGAGAUGUCCUGCUCGCACGUCGACGGCUCCUGCGUCUGCAAAGAAGGAUGGCAGGGUGUGGACUGCUCCAUCCCGUGCUCCAGUGGGACCUGGGGUCUGAGCUGCAACCAGACGUGUCUCUGCGCCAACGGGGCGGCCUGCGACCCCGUCAACGGGACCUGCACCUGCUCUGCGGGCUGGAGGGACGAGUACUGCGACCUGCCGUGUCCUGAGGGCUCGUACGGGCUGGACUGCAGAGAGAGGUGUGACUGUAUGAACGCUGACGGCUGUGAUCCAGUCAGCGGAUUCUGCCGCUGCGUCGCCGGAUGGACAGGUGUGAGCUGUGACAGUGUGUGUGAAGAAGGACGUUGGGGACCAAACUGUUCAUACAGCUGCACCUGCAUGAACGGAGGCUCCUGCUCCCCCGAGGACGGCACCUGUGUGUGCGCUCCGGGCUACAGAGGCACCAACUGCAGACGAGCAUGCUCUCCUGGAUUCUUCGGUCAGCGCUGCAGUCAGUCGUGUCCUCAGUGCGUCCACAGUGACGGAGCGUGUCACCACGUCACCGGACACUGUGAGUGUCUCUCCGGAUUCUUCGGCUCGCUCUGUAACCAAGUGUGUCCUGGGGGGAAGUUCGGCAAAGCGUGUGCCGAGUCGUGUUCAUGCACGAACAACGCGUGUAACCCGAUCGACGGCUCGUGUCAGUGUUACCCCGGCUGGAUCGGAGACGACUGCUCCAAAGCGUGUCCUCAGGGCUCGUGGGGUCCAGAUUGCAUCCACACAUGUAACUGUCACAACGGAGCUCAGUGCAGCGCCACAGACGGAGAGUGUGACUGCAGCCCCGGGUGGACGGGACUCUACUGUACCCAACGCUGUCCUUCAGGCUUCUUCGGCUCCCAGUGUGCAGAGGUGUGUCGCUGUCAGAACGGGGCCGACUGCGACCACAUCAGCGGACAGUGUUCCUGCAGGACGGGCUUCAUCGGACAGAGCUGCGAGCUCAAGUGUCCGGCGGGGACGUUCGGUUACGGCUGUCAGCAGCUGUGCGAUAUGAACAACGCCACCUGCGACUACGUGACGGGAACGUGUUACUGCAGCAUCGGCUUCAAAGGGAUCCGCUGUGACCAGGCGGCUCUGAUGAUGGAGGAGUUGAACCCGUACACAAAGAUCAGCCCGGCUCUGGCCUCGGAGCGUCAGUCGGCCGGCGCCGUGCUGGGCAUCAUCUUCCUGCUGCUGCUCAUCAUGGUCAUGCUCGGCCUCGUCGUCUGGUUCCGCUUCAGACAGAGAGAGAAGGGUCACCACGUCCCCAAUGUCACCUACACCCCCGCCCUGCACAUCAACUCCACCGACUACUCCCUCUCAGCAGGGCUGCAGUGCACAGGCCUGCUCUCCUCUGCAGACUCCUCUCCCAGUAACAGCUCUGUAGGACGCUGCUUCUCCAACCCCAGCUACCGCACCCUAGGGCCCUGCACCUACGCCGCGCACUACGCCAAGCCCGACAAGAGGACCUCCAACAAGAUGAAGACGAAGAAGCGACACAGGAACAGCGCUCCAGAGUGGGGGGCCUACUGUAACCUCAGUGAUCUGGGUGUUUACUGCAUCGACCGGCGGUUAAGUUACCACGUGGAGCCGCGUUACAGAGAUUACAUGAAGGGCUCGCUGUCCAGCACCUGCUCCCUGAACAGUGAGAACCCGUACGCCACCAUCAACGACCCCCCCGGUCUCUGCAAACACACGGAGAGCAGCUACGUGGAGAUGAAGUCGCCGGCUCGCCACGAGCACAUGACGCACUGCUGCUCCGCCGCCAUCAUCACCACGACCACCACAACCACAGCACCCGCCAAGAACGUCUACGACAUGGAACCCACCAUCAGCAUCUUGCAGGGAGCGGGCGGCGUCGUGGUCCCCACUUACCCUCAGAAUCCGUACGACCUGCCCAGAAACAGCCACAUCCCGAGCCACUACGACCUGCUGCCCAUGCGCCCCAGCCCCUCCCACACCCAGAGCCUCACCAUGCAGAGCCACAGCCCCCCCCUGCCCGGCAGCCCCACCAGCUCACUGCUCUAAACUCCUUAACCCCCAUCCCCCCCGGACCGGUGCUCCCAGUUCAUCCUGAUCCAGGAAACUUUUAAUCAAGACACAACACAGUUUCUAUUUUGUUCUUGAAACAUUCAGAGGACAACGAGCUGAAGGACAUGUUUCACUUCAGCUGAUGUUUAUUUAUUUAUUUAUCUUUGUGUAUUUGUUUGGCUGGUGUGUGUGUGUGUGUGUGUGUGUGUGUG